GCCACUACUAUUCAGUAUUCACAUAGCUGAUUGCAUGAUAUAGAGACUAGAGAGACUAGGGUCCAAAUGGAUCUCUCAGAUGGCUGGCCGAGGACGAAGGAGAAGAAACGUACCUAACGUUUCUCAGAGAGUCGUAGGGUCAACGCCUAGUCUACGACCUAACAGUCUACCCAGUCAGUACAACUUCACUCCGGCGGUCCAAGUGCCUCCGACGCAGUCUCCUCAAGUACCACCUGCCGUUUUACCAGAAGAAGUGGAGAACAACCCACAGCCUCAAGCGACUCCUCAGCAAGAGGCUCCAACCUCACCAAUUGUUCAGGAUUCUCCGGCUCAUAGUCAGGCUCAUCCCCACACGACUUCUUCGCAAGGCAACAACUUCCAGGACGAUAUUCCUCACGAGUUGUCGGAGCUGCAGGCGGACUCACUGUGGGCAUUGAAUGCGUUGCUUAGUGUGCCUGGAAGGGAAAAUUGGACCACCGUGCUCUCUCCGUUACCCAUGGAAGACACCACAUGGUUUACUCGCGACAAAGGAAAUGCACUAGUUCGGAAGAUUACUAAAGUUUGGACAAACAAAUUUGAUGCUCCCUUCUAUAGCUUUACUUUGGUGCCUGUGGACAGAAGAGAGAGAUACUUUCUCGAAUUCGCGAAAACACACCAUUGGGAUCCCUUGAUACCAGGCACAGUGCAAUAUUAUUUUGAGGAUAUAUGUCAGCGCCGGAUGAAAGAUAUGGAAGAGCUACUGGGAAGAGCGGUCAGUCAUGGUGAGGUUUCCAUCAAGACCCAUACUAGGCCAGAUGGUAUGUAUGUUGAUCAGAAGGCUGAGAAAAUUGCAACAACUUACCAGCAGAAUGUGGAACUGAGGUUGUCUGAGUUAGAAGCAGAUGCUUCGCCUGUUUCAGAUGGCGAGUCACGUCCUCGGGAGCUCACAACAGAGGACUACACCACAAUCUUUCUGCAGUCCACUGAGAUGGAUUCUAGAGGAAAUCCGUAUGGAAUUGGAAGCCUCAAGGAGACUCUUGGCAAGCGCAAGCGCUAUGGACAGUCUUCAUCUUCAUCUUCAUCCUUUUUGGAUCUGCAAGAACAGCUGAAGGAAGCUCAACGCAAGAUAGAAGAGCAGGCUGCAUAUAAUGAAAGGAGAGAUUCUGAGGAUGCUGCCCGUAAAGCUGAGCAAACCCGAGCGGCGGCUGAGCAAAAGGACAAGCUCAAGCACUUGUCUUUGUUAGAGAAGUAUCUGCGGCAAACCGAUCCGCACUUCCUGGACUUCAUGGCCACUCAUUCAGCUCCUCAAGACACCACAAACCCUCUCUCGCCUCUUCCUCAAAAUGAUCCAUAGGUUUCUCCAUUUUAUCUCUCUUUUCUCAUGAACAAAAACUUUAUCACUCUCUCAGUUUUUGAUAACUGUCUUCGAUUGUGAAUGAUGUACUUUGAUGUGUAUGUGUAUUUGGCUUUUAUUUGAUUUGGAGUUUUUAUUUGAUUUGGUUUUGGAUUAAUGUUGUUUUGGUUAUGGAAUCAAACUCAGAUAUGAAA